AUGCCCAUCACACUCGCGGGGAAUGCAUCUGACAACAUGGCGGCUCCCUCGGUUGGGCCGUCCGGCAAAGGCAUGUUCGUCGGCGAUUGGGGGUCGGCAGACAAGAUCACUCUGCUAGUUGAGACGUCCGGGGUCUUUGACGGCUUGGUUCGGAUCGAGCAGGGUCGCAAAAGAGAGGCUUUGCAGUCUGGUCAGCAGAAGGCCUCCAUUAUGGGCGGAGGCUCCUCGAGCCUACUUCAGACGCAAGCGAUCACAGAGUACCAUCGGUUCUCGAGCCUAUACCGCAAUACCCUCGUCAGCUACAGAGACAAACUGCUGGCGUAUGAGAAGCCCGAUGAAGCCGAGGUCCAGCUCGUGUCGGACAUUCACGCUGCCUUUCACCUCGCAGAAACGCUCUACCUGCCCCUCGAUGGCGCAGGCGCUGGUGUCGUCGGCGAAGAGAUCUUGCAUUGGCUCAACGCCUAUGACAUUGCGCCGACAACCGAAGAGGGCCAGGAUAUCGCAUCUGCCGCAACGCCGUACGAUCACCCGCGCUACUGGGACUACAUCUAUCAGUGCGUGCUGCGAGGCUUCAACGCUUCGGCAGCGUCGGUACUUGCCAGUCUCAAGUCUCAUCCUGCAAGCGUGGUAGGGCGGGUUGCGGAUAAGACCAUCAAGCUGCUGCAGCAAUUUCCGCGCUCGACUUCUUACUCGCACGAGUACAGCUUCAUCCAAGACCGCAAGCAAUGGCAGGCGCAGGUCCGGCAUCUUCUUUCUGGGCUUGAGGCAGAGAUGGACGAGAUGGAGGAGGAGCUGGGGCAUUCUCCCGACAACGAGGACCGCAGGAUCGAGGUGGAGGCGCAGUUCAUGUGCCUGCUCGAGCUGAUGGCCGGCGUGAAGGAGCGUGUCUUCGAGGCCUCUGCAGACUGGAAGGAAGCGCUAGGGUCCUGGGGUCUGCUCGUGCAUCCGAGUAUGAAGAGAGAUGACGUGCCAGAUGUCAUGUCCAUCAUUCUCGAUCGUUUCCCUGCCGACAUGACACUCGCCCUCGACAAGGUUCUCACUUCCUUUACCAAAGGUGACGUGUUGCGGGCGUGCAUCUCGUGUCAUGACUACGAUCCAUGGCUGGCACUGCAUCUCACAGAUCUGCUCGGGCGAGCAGCCGUGCUCGAAGAUGAUGAUGAUCCCUCGAAACCAACCAAGCUUCGCAAGGACUGUGUUCGGGAAUAUGCCAGCGUGCUACUGGAAGACCAGGGUCUUUGGCGCAUGGCCAUCGACUACUUGGCGAGUAUCGGGCCAGAAGGCCGGGGAAGGAUGCGCAGAGUGGUACUGGACGUGCCUCUACUGCUUGAUGUAGAAGCAGAGCCAGCAGAAAGCUCGGCAGAUAAGGAAAUGCUAGAUGCCGAAGGCGACGAAAUGGACAGCGGUGAUGCUUUACAAAAGGGCAAAGGGAAGGCCAAGGAGGAGGACAAGGUCUUACAGCGCUUCCGGCGUGUUGAAGAGCUGCUGCGAGCAUGCGUUGACCACCAAAUGGAGGCUGAAGCACGGGCUAUCUGCAAGAGUGUGGCCGAGAAGCUUGCGGAGCAGCGAGAGUACGGGACCGCGGUAUCCUACUGCGUACGCGCAGGUGACGCGACACAAGUCAGAAGGAUAGCGGACGCGGUGCUCGAUGCAUACGUUGACCACGGCGCAACAGAGUUUAUCGCUCUCGUCAACUCGUUUCCGCCCUCGCUGCUCAAGUCGACCUCACGAUUACCAACGACUGGUGUGGAAGGGGACGUUCCAUUUGGUAACGACCGUAGUCUCUACUCGGAACGGCUUGCAUUCCUUGGAAAGUAUAGGGACUUUCAUGUUCUCUAUUCCGAGGAGCGGCUGCACGAAGCCACUGCAGUGCUGGUGAGCACUCUUCUCAAUGCGCAAGCUCCCGAGCGCUUUUGGGCAAUCCUCCUGCUUGAUGCUGUACCAUUGCUCGAAUCUGAUCUGCACCUCUUCGAGGAAGAUGGCAUCAUGGAGCUCAUUCGGUACUACGAGCAAGUGACGACCGGAGCAAGGACACAUCCGUCCGAGGCUGAGCAUUACCUGGGCAUGCUGGAGAGGAUGCAUCAAAGCAAAGGAAGUCGAAAGUCGCAGCAGGUCAACGUCGCUGCCGCACUUAAGAGACUGGAAGUUGUGCGGCUCGGUCUGGCGCGGAAUUUGUCGAAGGUUUUCCUCCUGGAAAGUUCCCGCAUGGACGUGUGA